AUGGUAGAAGAACCACAGACCCCAUCGAGCAAAGGCUUCGGAGCCGAAAUAUUCAAGAUCUUCGGAGGAGGUGGCAGUGGCAGCGCCGCCAGUGCUAACGGGCCGAAAAAGACCACACGAGAUGGCCAGCAGCCCAAACGUCGCGGCCCCAAGCCGGAUAGCAAGCCUGCACUCACCAGGCGACAGGAACUGAACCGUCAGGCCCAGAGGACACAUCGUGAGCGAAAGGAACAAUACAUGAGAGCACUGGAGACCGAGGUAUCGCGGUUACGGGAGGCCUACACCACAGAGAUCGCGGAGGCCAACACCUCAAUCCGACAACACAAAGAGAUGAUACAUUCGAUUCGGGAGGAGAACGAAAUCUUGAAGGAAAUUCUCGCAGCAAACGGAAUUCAAUACGAAGCGGAUCUGGAGCGCCGCCGCGCGGAGCGCCCGCCGAUGAUGGCCUUCCAAUCUAGCCCUGUUACUGUCGCUGGCAGUAGCACUACCUCGCAGACUGCCCUCCCCCGCGCCAAUGGCAUGGACCGCCCUGACGUGUCGCCCCCGAUCGGAUAUCCGUCCCACCAGCAAGUGUUCCACGCGAAUGCCGGCGAGCAUUCCAUGCGCAUGGACCAUUCGUGCGCACCCGUUGAUACCAUGCAGCCCAUGCCAGCUAAGGGAGGUGUCUUCGAGUCAGACCCCCAGUUGCAGGUUGAUUUUAUCCUAACACUCGAAGGCCCCUGCCGCGAACAUACGGACUACCUCUGCCGACGGUCCGUCACAGAAGCCGACGACGAGGACAUGCCGUUUUCCGGACACGCCCUGAUGGCAACGUGCCCACCGCCCAGCUACAUUGCGAAAACCACCCCCGAACAACCAUACCCGCACAAGGCGCCGGAUCUGCCACACGCAAACCUCAGCACGCUCCUCAACCUCAGCCGACAGCUCGUGACAGAAGGGCAGAUCACGCCCAUCAUGGCGCUACAGUGUCUCAAGAACCACGAGCUGUACACGACACUGCGACGCGACGACAUCAAGAUCAUCAUCGACACGCUCAACACCAAGGUCCGCUGCUACGGGUUCGGUGCUGUCGUCGAGGACUUCGAGUUGAUAGAUUGUCUGAGCAGCGUGCUCGGCACCAAGGUCGAUCUCGGCAUGUCCGGCACAGCCGACGACUCGAUGUAUGGUUGA